AUGAAGGGAAUACUGUUGGCAUUGGUGAUUUUACAGUUGGUACUUCUCAGCGAAGGCUGGCUUCCGAAAAGGCCACAGAGGUGUCCACGAAAUCCGAAGCUCGAAGCAUGGAAGAAAUCUGUGAAACAGAUUCUGGCGAGUGAAGGCGUUCGGGAAAAGAGAGGGUUGGCG